CAGGGAGUUGUUACAAGCGAAAAACAGUUACUAUGAGACAAUAUUAUUCUUUUCGCUUGCAACAACGAGCUGGAGAGGCACAAACAUUGUUACGGAGUGGGCGUUUGUUCCAACAGUACAUGGUGGAUGCUUAUGCUUCGAUCGAAGAAGUUAGAAUCAAUUGGAUUAGAAAGAAUCAAAAGCAAUUGCGUGCAGAACUAUAUAAUGGAUUGAGAGAUGCUAUUAAUCAAGGAGAUGUCAUGACAAAUUCAGUUGGUAGAAUGACAAUUCUUCCAUCGUCUUAUACUGGUGGACCACGAUAUCGUGUUCAAAAUUACCAGGAUGCAAUGGCUAUAUGUCGAUAUGCUGGAUAUCCCGACCUAUUUUUAACAUUCACAUGCAACCCAAAAUGGCCAGAAAUACAAUUUUCCUUGAAAUUGUUGAAGGACAAAAAAGUGACGAUAGACCCGACAUCAUUAGUCGUGUUUUCUCUAUUAAGUUAUGGGAGCUAAUCAAUGAUAUUAAACAUCAACAAAUAUUUGGUAAAGUCACAACAGGUAAU